AUGCGAGCGACACGUUCCGACACAGGUCACCAACCACAUACACGAGCACCGAAAUCUAGGGCUAGUGCAAACUCACAUAUAUCAAAAGAAAAACCAACAAAAACGGUUGUCGUUGCGGACCACUUAGACCACCACUACAUCAACAACAAACGGUUGUGGCGACGGCAACCGGGUCCAGAAGAAGAUCUUGCAAGAGUGGAAGAUUCUGGAGAAGCACCUCCCGGACUCCAUCUACGUGCGCGCCUACGAGACCUGCAUCGACCUCCUCAGGGUCGUAGUCGUUGGAGCCUCCGGCACCCCUACCACGACGCGCUUUUCUUCUUUGACAUCGCCUUCCCCUCCAAUUACCUGACCCACCCGCACGAGGUCCACUACCACUCAUUCGGGCUGAGGCCUAACCCGAACCUCUUCACGAGCGGGUAUGUCUGCCUCAGCCUGCUCAACACCUGGCCAGGAAAAGGGGAAGGAGAAGUGGGACCCAUCUUUGUCAACGAUCCUCCAGGUUCUGGUGUCGAUCCAAGGCCUGGUUCUCAACAAGAAGCCCUCCUUCAACGAAGUGGGAGUCAGGAACCGGUUUGGAUGGAGGCGUCUCGGGCCUACAACGAGAAAGUCUUCAUUUUGACUUGCAAAACGACGUUGUAUUUGCUCCGGAGGGCGCCGCUGAAUUUCAAGGCUUUCACCGCCGCGUUCUUAUAUGGGAAGUGGAGCUAA